GACGUUUUAACAAUUUCCAUUGUUUACAAUGUUUAUAAUGUAAUUUUUUUCUUUUAUAUUGCCGAAAUAUUUGCUGUGUAUCACAUCAACAGGAGAUUUACGAUUUCCAUUGCCAUACAAAAAACACCAAAAUUUUCAUUCCGAAAAUAGAAUUUUUCUUCAACUCUGCUACCAAGGAACAUCUUCACCACAUCGACACCAUCACUAGCCUAUCCACCCACCAACUUCAACGCCGCCACCAGCAGAUAUUGUGCUACAUACAUUUUUCGGUGAGUUUUCAUGUGACUAUGGAACGUUGCUUCUAUUGCAACUGCCUACAUUAGGGUAAGCACAUAGUGAAGCGGCGAGCAAAGCGUCAUUCGAGCAACGAUUCGCUCGAAACAUAGUGGAGCAUCGAGCAAAGCGUCAAACGCGCAAAUUUCAUUCAAAGUUUAACGUUUACGAAAUAAAGUGUGUUUUCUCUGCUAAAAAAUGGAUUUUUUAUUAAAUGAAAAUUCGUCAUUGAAGAUUUUUUACUUAAUGAAAAUGAAUAAAAGGAAAGGAUUUAGAAGCUGCAGCGUGCAUUCUAUAAAUAAAAUCAGAAAACAGAAGUGUGAAUUGAACCAUCUCUAUAAAGAAUUGCGUCGCGACUCCGUAAAAUUUCAAAAAUAUUUCCGAAUGAAAAUUGAUACUUUCGACUACGUUUUGGAUAAAAUUAAAAACAAGCUUAUAACAAACUGGACCAAUUUCAACAAAUGCCCAAUCAAUGUAGAUGAAAGACUGGCAAUUACAAUAAGAUUUUUGACUACAGGAUCAUCCUACAAAUCUCUUGGUUUCUCUUUUCGAAUGGGUCCAAGUACUGUUUCAAAAAUUGUCGUCGAAACCAUUACCGCAAUUUGGGAAAUUCUUCAGCCAAUUCACAUGAAAGAUCCUACUGAGAGUACUUUCAGAGAAAUCGCGAAUGAAUUUUACUUAAAAUGGAAUUUUCCGAAUUGCCUUGGAAGUAUUGAUGGAAAACAUAUUCGCGUAAAAUGCCCCGUUCACUCCGGCUGUAAGAACUCUUAUUCAAUCGUUCUCCAAGCUGUAGCUGAUGCCAAUUACAAAUUCGUAACAAUUGAUGUAGGAGAAUAUGGAAAACAAAGCAAUGGGGGCACCUUCAAAGCUUCCUCGCUUUAUAAUUUAAUGGAAAGUGGACGGUUGAACAUUCCACCGGGUACAACUUUUCCAUCCACAGCGAUUACUGUACCAUAUGUGUUUAUAGGAGGUGAAGCAUAUCCUUUACUGCGUAAUUUACUGAAACCAUAUAGUAAGAAUGCUUUAGAUGCUGAGAAGGAGUAUUUUAAUAUGCGGCUUUCGUGGGCAAGACGCACCGUAGAAUGUGCUUUUGGAGUUAUAAGCGCUAAAUUUCGGCUUUUAUGUAAGCCGAUUGAAACUUCGCCAGAAACCGCAGAAAAAAUAAUAAAAGCCAUAUGUAUUUUACACAAUACCAUCAUUGACAACGAAGGAUUCGAUGGAUGUUAUGAAGAAAUAAUAUCAAAGUUGCCUAACAUCUCAGGUACCAGGCACAACAAUAGACCAACUAAUUCUGCCAGUUUGGUUAGAGAAGCAUACAAAAUCUUUUUGUGCAAAAAUAGAAUAUAAAUUUUCAGUA